GGGCUCCUGGCCGGAACCUGGCUCCGGGAACCAGGAAGCGCCCGGCAGCGGGCGCGAGGCGGUCGGGAUGGCGGGCCCUGGCUGGGGCCCCCCGCAGCUGGACGGCUUCAUUCUCACCGAGCGCCUGGGCAGUGGCAGGUACGCCACGGUGUACAAGGCCUACGCCAAGAAGGAUACUCGUGAGGUGGUAGCCAUAAAGUGCGUGGCCAAGAAGAGUCUGAACAAGGCAUCUGUGGAAAACCUCCUGACAGAGAUUGAGAUCCUCAAGCGCAUUCGACACCGCCACAUCGUACAGCUGAAAGACUUCCAGUGGGACAGUGACAACAUCUACCUCAUCAUGGAGUUCUGUGCAGGAGGUGACCUGUCUCGCUUCAUCCAUACCCGCAGGAUUCUGCCUGAGAAGGUGGCUCGGGUCUUCAUGCAGCAGUUGGCUAGUGCCCUGCAGUUCCUGCAUGAACGGAACAUCUCUCACCUGGACCUGAAGCCACAGAACAUUCUGCUGAGCUCCUUGGAGAAGCCUCACCUUAAACUGGCAGACUUUGGCUUUGCACAGCACAUGUCCCCAUGGGAUGAGAAGCAUGUGCUCCGUGGCUCUCCCCUGUACAUGGCUCCCGAGAUGGUGUGUCAGCGGCAGUACGACGCCCGUGUGGACCUCUGGUCCGUGGGGGUCAUCCUGUAUGAAGCCCUCUUCGGGCAGCCCCCCUUUGCCUCCAGGUCGUUCUCGGAGCUGGAAGAGAAGAUCCGGAGCAACCGGGUUAUUGAGCUCCCCCUGCGUCCCGCCCUCUCCCAGGACUGCCGGGACCUGCUGCAGCGGCUCCUGGAGCGGGACCCCAGCCGCCGCAUCUCCUUCCAGGACUUCUUUGCCCACCCUUGGGUGGACCUGGAGCACAUGCCCAGUGGGGAGAGCCUGGCACGAGCAACCGCCCUGGUGGUGCAGGCUGUGAAGAAGGACCAGGAGGGGGACGCUGCGGCCGCCUUAUCUCUCUACUGCAAGGCUCUGGACUUCUUCGUGCCUGCCCUGCACUAUGAAGUGGACACCCAGCAGAAGGAGGCAAUUAAGGCAAAGGUGGGACAGUACAUGUCCCGGGCUGAGGAGCUCAAGGCCAUCGUCUCCUCCUCCAAUCGGGCCCUGUUGAGGCAGGGGACCCCUGCCCGAGACCUGCUCAGAGAGAUGGCCCGGGACAAGCCGUGCCUCCUAGCUGCCCUGGAAGUGGCUUCAGCUGCCAUGGCUAAGGAGGAUGAGGCUGGUGGGGAGCAGGAUGCUCUGGCCCUGUACCAGCACAGCCUGGAGGAGCUGCUUCUACUGCUGGCAGGUGAGGCCCCAUCACCAUACUCCCCUAAGCCCCUGGCUGCCCUGCCCUCACCACGUGCCCUCCCUCUCUCUGCAGCGGAGCCCCCAGGCCGGAGGCGGGAGCUACUUCACACUGAGGUUCAGAAUCUCAUGGCUCGAGCUGAAUACCUGAAGGAGCAGGUCAAGAUGAGGGAGUCUCAUUGGGAAGCUGAGACCCUGGACAAAGAGGGGCUGUCGGAGUCUGUUCGUAGCUCUUGUACUCUGCAGUGACCCUGCAGGAUGAUUGGACAGGUCACUGGGAAUUGGGGACACGCUCACCCCAGCUGACCCUCAGAAUUCUGUGGCCCUCUGCCACCCUGCGGAGCAGGCUUCCUGGAUGGGCAACCCUGGAACGCCCCACAUCCCAGCAUCCCCAGCACCACUUGAAUGACUCUUAACCCCCUACCCACUGUGUGUACUGGGAGCACUGGGGUGGGGAGGACUCUGGGAGAAGAGUGUUUCUUUCACGU